AUCCCAAAGUUCUCUUUGAUUUUAAUAUAAUGUAAAAAAUUGGAGAGGAGCUGUAUAUAUAGGGGGCAGCCCCAGUUCCUGCUUUACUGGUAAUUUCAGAAGUUAUAUAUAUCAGCAUCUCUUUAGAGAGAGAGAGAGAGAGAUCAGAGAACUAGAAAAUGGGGAGUGAACAUGUUGUUCAAGGAGGUUUCCCAAUGAAGGCGAACGCCGGAAAUGCCACGAUUCUCGCACUCGGCAAGGCUUUCCCUCACCAGCUUGUCAUGCAGGAUUUUCUGGUUGAUGGGUAUUUCAAAGAUACCAACAGUGAUGAUCCACAGCUUAAGCAGAAGCUGGCUCGACUCUGCAAAACAACAACAGUCAAAACUAGGUAUGUGGUCAUGUCAGAAGAGAUUCUGGAAAAGUAUCCAGAGCUUACAACUGAGGGCACACCAACUAUAAAGCAAAGGCUACACAUUUGCAAUGAAGCUGUAACAAAGAUGGCAAUUGAAGCUUCACAAGCUUGCAUCACGAAAUGGGGGAGACCUACUUCAGAUAUAACCCACUUAGUCUAUGUCUCGUCCAGUGAAGCUCGCCUCCCGGGUGGUGACCUUUACCUAGCGAAAGGGCUUGGACUCAGUCCCCAGACUAAAAGGGUCAUGCUCUACUUCUCGGGCUGCUCGGGCGGUGUGGCUGGCGUUCGUGUUGCCAAAGACAUUGCCGAGAACAAUCCAGGAAGUAGAGUCCUGCUCGCUACUUCUGAAACCACUAUCAUUGGGUACAAACCACCAAGUGCAAACAGACCAUAUGAUCUUGUUGGUGUUGCACUUUUUGGGGAUGGUGCUGGAGCCAUGAUGAUUGGCUCAGACCCCGAAUUGGUCUCUGAAAACCCGCUGUUCGAACUUCACACAGCCUUACAAGAGUUCCUGCCUGGUACUGAGAAGACCAUUGAUGGAAGGGUCACAGAAGAAGGGAUCAGCUUCAAGCUGGAAAGAGAGCUGCCUCAAAUAAUUGAAGAUCACAUUGAAGGAUUCUGUGGGAGGCUGAUGGGAGUUGUUGGAUACGAUAACAAGGAGUACAACAAGAUGUUUUGGGCUGUCCAUCCAGGAGGUCCGGCAAUCUUGAACCGAAUGGAGAAGCGUCUUGAUUUGUCGCCAGAGAAGCUGAACGCGAGCAGACGAGCUCUGGCGGAUUAUGGCAACGCUAGCAGUAACACCAUAGUGUAUGUUCUGGAGUACAUCAUUGAAGAGAGCAAGAAGAUGAAGAAGGAAGGGGAAGGAGAUGGCGGAUGGGGAAUGAUCCUGGCUUUUGGACCUGGAGUUACUUUUGAGGGAAUUUUAGCAAGGAACCUUGCUGUCUAAUUUUUUUUUAUAUAUAUACUGUCAUUAAAUGGAUGGCCAAUGUUACUUAGUAACUGCCUUUCCACUGCUGUUUCAGUUGAUUAAUCAAAGUCUUAUGUUCUUAGUUGAUUAAUCAAAGUCUUGAUUUGUCAUCAAAGUCUUAUGUUCUUAAUCAAAGACUUACCACCUGAGGAUAUGAUAGGAGCACAACGGGAAUACAACCCCGUGCCAGGCCAAAAUUUUAUUUGUAACCUAAGCUAUAUCUCACUUUUUAUUUCUCC